AGGACACGGCGCAUGUUGUUAGCCUGUGUGCUAUUUAGUUAGCAGCGCUACAUGCUAGCUUGACAACACCAGCGGAGCGCAGAGUGACGUCAGCCUGCCGAGCGACGUCAACACACGGUUUUAAAGUCUGCACUGUUUCAGCGAUAAACUAAGACUUUUGGAUGUGUAUUUAUCAUCGAUGCUGUCCUCAUACGUAUGACCUUAACACAGAGAACAAUGACAAGAACAUGAUCAAGCCAGAUGGCUUCUCAAAGUACGAGGCGACUCUGCAACACGGAGGCAGGAGGAGGCCCCCUGCUGAGAUGUUGCACCUGCUGUCGGCGGUCAUUGUGUGGCUGGUGACCGGCACGACCAUCUCAAGCCUCAACAAAUGGAUCUUUGCCGUCUACAACUUCAGGUAUCCCCUCCUUCUCUCGGCACUGCACAUGCUGACGGCCAUCGUGGUGGACUACGGCCUGAUCAAACUGCGGGUGGUGCGGCACAGGGGCCCUGGAGAGCAGGACUUGACGGUGGGCGCAAAAUGUAAAGUCUUUUUGCUGAGUUUGACAUUUUGCGCCAGCAUUGCGUUUGGGAACAUGGGACUGAACUAUGUGCAGCUGUCGUUCGCCCAAAUGAUUUACACGACGACGCCGCUCUUCACGCUGGCCAUCUCCACGCUGAUCCUGGGCAAGCAGCAUCAUGUCCUGAAGUACACAGCCAUGAUGCCCAUCUGCCUAGGGGCGUCCUUCAGCAUCAUGGGGGAGGUCCAGUACGACCAGACCGGCUGCUUGUUCGUUUUCGCAGCCACCAUGCUGAGAGGGGUCAAGUCCAUUCAACAAAGUAUUCUACUUCAGGAGGAGAAGAUCAACUCUGUGUUCCUGCUCUACAUGAUGUCCAUUCCCAGCUUCUGUAUACUGGCGGUGGCCGCUCUGGCCCUGGAGAACUGGGCCCUGCUGGAGUCUCCGCUCCAUUACGACCACCACCUGUGGAUCUUCAUCCUGCUCAGCUGCCUGGGCUCGGUCAUGUACAACCUGGCCAGCUGCUGCGUCAUCACGCUCACCUCGGCCGUCACCCUGCACAUCCUGGGCAACCUGAACGUGGUGGGAAACCUGCUGUUGUCUCAGCUGCUCUUCGGCACCGAGCUGUCCACCCUGAGCUGCGUCGGCGCCGUGCUGACGCUGUCCGGCAUGCUCAUCUAUCAGAACUCUGAGUUCAUCGUCAGCUACAUGGACGCACGCAAGGCCAACGCUAAAGCAGCAGAACGCUACCACGUUGCCCCAGUUGAGGGUUCGGACAAAGCUUCAGCGGCAUGUUGCCAGAGGACAGACGACAGAGAUCAUGACAAGGCAGACUGACGCGACUGAAGUCGAAGGGUGAACCACUUCAUAGCAUGUGCCACGAAGCCGUCCACGUCAUCGCUCGCUACCCGAGAGAGCAAACCCACUGCUCUCAGGGUUUAGUCCUCGCCUACAGGUCAAUACCUCAUGAGGUCCUUACACCGCUGCUGGUACAAGUGCAGUCGAUGUGAUUGUCAGGUUUUACAUUGCAGUCCAUCACCAGCUCCUUCUGAGCCAUUUUGGGUCUUCACUUUCUGGAAAUGAAACCUAUAGCCUAAAAUGUGCUUAAAGUUGGCAGUGUAGUCAUAUAGGUAAACAUUUUGCCCUUUUUACUGUUGCAGGAGCUUCAACUAGCGCACUGUGGGACUUAAUCCAUUAAUCCGGGUCCAGGACUGGUGUGUGGAUUGAUUUGGGCUUUUAAUUUCAAUUGGAGGUCAGACAGAUGGGGAGGGAGUAAGAAACUCAUACCUUACCUUUCAAGCUCACUCAACUUGCUGAAUUUAUUGAAGUAGAAACAGUCCCACAUCACUUCAAGGGUGACAGUCAGAAGGGCCUUUUAUUUGGACAAUCUCCUGUUUUUGGUGCCAGUAGCAUUUAGCUUGAAAUGGCCCUCUAGCAAGUGAUGCAUUUUUCUGUACGUUUAGGGACAAAACUCUCGGCCGAACAAGUGUUUCGUGUUAUCUCACAGAGAGGUAUGAGUUCAUGGCCGUGUGUUUUGGUGGAGCUGCAUUGCUUUCUUACAACAAAUCAUGGGGCUUCCACCUGCAGGUCUGGUCCUGGAGGACGGCGUGGCGGAGCUAAAACUGGCGCCUCUGAAGCUGGGCGCCUGCUUCUAUGGCAGCUUUUAUUCCUGGUUUAUUUCGCACUGAGGAUGUUGUUGUUCCAUCCACUCCUUUUUUGAGCUUCUUCUCUCCUUGCUCCACUCGUACUGUGGUUGUGAACGUGGCCUGCAGCCAAGAAACUAGAUUGUACACGAGUCUCUGUGGAUUUACUCCAAUUAUAGCCAGGUUCUACAACUGAGCGCAGUAAUGAGUUCACACAUCCUCAACGGACUGUCGUUGCCUUUCCUUUUCCUCGGAGCGAGUUUAAAGCUAGGGACGCCUGCUGGUUGGUGUUGUAACGCGACUUAUUUAUGUUUCAGCUACAUAUUUAAUAUUCAUGUGUUAAUUUAUUUUUGAGUUGGUUGACUUCAGUUGGCUCCUGCCGAGAUGCUAAGAUGUUUGAUUUUGUAUUUGUUUACUUGUUUGCGCACUUUUUUUUUUUGUGACAGACCUCCAUCACUUUGCCUACUGACAAAGCCAUAACUUCUGUUUUCGCCAUCUCCACUUGUUGUUGCCAUAAACACCACCACCGACAGGUGAUCACUGUCUGAAACAGAAAUUCAGAUGACUAUUGCGAUAGUCCUCUGACCUAUCCGUCAAUAUCAUAUUUUGCUAUUGCCUGUACGAGUGGAUUUCCAUCACAACACUCAUAUUCUUAACUUGACAUGGAGCUUGCGUCACUGCUCCAGCGCACCAACACACUAGUGCUACCUCUCUCUUCUUACAUAGGAAUGCAGCAGAACAAAGUUGUUGUUUAAAAUUCCAAAAAUGUGUGCGUCACACGGAAAAAAAUCGCUAGUGCUGAAAAAAAAAAGCUCUUUCAAUUAGAUCAAAGCUCCUUGGGUCACUCUUUAACUGGAGAAUUCCUGUACAUUCUAAAGCAAGUGUAAUCUCAUUCUCAGCCAUGAUGAUCUCUCUUUCACAUUCCACCUGGAAGAGAUGAGUGGUUUCUAGCCUUUUGGCCUUAGUCAUAUUCUUGUUAGAAUACUACCACCAGAUUCCUAACUCUUAAUAUCAGCAGCUUGAUCUGCAGGCAGUAUAUACAAAAAAUAAAGUAUAUAUGAAACAUGGUAGUGUGCUGCAAGUACAGGAGUAACAAUGAUAUGUAAUAGGAAGGAAUACAUUUCAAAUAUCUCUAGGGGAAGUGUUUGACUCAUGAUCCGAAGAAAGCAUUCGUUUUAUGUUCUACAUCGACAUUAUCUGACCCAUGAAAGACAGCAACUGAUGAGGUUUACAUCCUUGGAGUGUGAAUCCUUGGUGAGCAAAGAGGAAGCUCAUAUAUUUAUGACAUUUUUUGCCAUCAGUAAAUGUAAAAUCAGGUUCUGCGUGUUAAUAGCAUUUGGAUCAUUAUUGGGGUGUCAGACCCGAUUUAUUUUGUAGUUGCAGGCAUACUAGUAUGACACCAAGCUGACUUUUCUUCAAGUGUCCUAAUGAUUCUCUUAGUUUGGAGGAUCACAGGACUUGAUUCAAGAUUAAAAAAAUAUGAAUCACUGCUCAAAACAUAACAGUCGUUUUCUGAAUUCUGAAUGACAGAUGACAAUUCUUGUAGAGUUGAAUCUAAGCUACAUUGCUUUUUUGUCAUCGGGUGUGAAAAUGUUACUCUCAUUUGAGGACUUGAUGACAGCUGCACAACUUGCUAUAACGUUCUGCUGUUGAAACCAAUCUGAAAGUUAGCAUUGGAACUCUGACAUCUUACUCAUUUCAACUCCUUUUUUUGCCCAUCAGUUCUGCUUGUUACCUGGUUUUAUGUUUGUGUUGCUACUGUAUGAGGACGGGUGUUAUCCAAGAUUCUGUUUAAUUUUAAGGCUGAAGUCAGAUGUAAAUAGUUAUUUUAAUAUAUUCAAAGACAUUUACGGCUGGUAUAACGAAUGCAAUGUUUGCCUGAUGCCUUACUGAGAUGUUCAAUAGAAGAAGAGAGGCUUCCUCCUGAUGACAUCAUAUGUUUGAAAUACCGACGUCUGCUGCUGUGGAAAAAAGAUCAUUCAUAAGAACACUGUUUACUUACACAAAAGUCAAUAAAUUGGCAAAAAGCAAGGUUUUGUGUUUAUUUUUUUAUAUUAUGUUUAUAACCUCAAGUAAAUCAAUAUUUUUAUAAAUUUGGUGGGCCAUUAAUGAUAUCAGAAUCAACU